AUGCCGCUCAACAAUCAAUCUCUCAAGAAGAUCCUCGGGGCGGUAAGUUCACGCUCUCCCACCCUUUCUCGCCGCCUCUGCUUCCCCCGCCCGCCCUCGACGGUCCGCUACGCUCGUGUCAGCCCCGUGGCUACCAUCGUAGGCGGCGCGGCUGCGGUGACGGGCGCGGCAGCAUACCUCCUCCAGCCCACCGCGUUCAAAGAAGAGAAUGCUGCGAUCUUUGUGCCACAGAUCAGCUCCCUGAAGAAGGACGGCGGCAGCAGCAACAUCCAAAGCCCCGUCCGUGCACUCAACCUCGCCGACGCGAACGAGGUGUUACGUCGCGAACAGAGCUCGAAGCUCUUCGACGCCGGAAAUGGGCAGCGCGGACGCUGCGACGUCGUCCGCGUGCCCAGCAACAGCCCCGUCGAAGACGAGUUCGUCGUGGGCACCCAAGUAGGACCUGGAAGGAGCCAGUGGACCUUCUGGGGCGUCUUUGACGGACAUGCAGGCUGGGCCACCUCGGUCCUCCUGAGAGAAAACCUUAUAUCCAUGGUAUCAGAUCACCUGGAGGAGCUCCCUGCAAACGCACCCUCGCCAGAGAUCUCAUCCGCCAUCAUCAAGGCCUUCAUUUCCGUCGACGACAGCAUAAACGCCGCCGCCCUCGCCGCCAUGAACGGUCCCGACGCCCAACCUGGCUCCGCGGAGGUCCUCUCCGCCAUCGCCCCCGCCAUUGCCGGAUCAUGCGCCUUGCUCGCCGCCUACGACCCCCGCUCCACCACUCUCCGUGUCGCCUGCACCGGUGACUCGCGCGCCGUGCUGGGCCGCGUCGACGCCGACAGCGCAAAGCCAAAGUACACGGCCGUCCCGCUCUCCAAGGACCAGACCGGCAAGAACGACGACGAGUACGCUCGCCUGACGGCCGCCCACCCGGGCGAGGAGGAGACCAUGAUCAACCGCGAAUCCGGCCGCAUACUCGGCCUGGCCGUGACACGUGCCUUCGGUGACCACCGUUGGAAGUGGCGCGAGAGCGACAUCACCGAGGCCCAGCAGCGGUACUGGUCGUCUGGCCCGCGGCCCAACUCCAGGACGCCUCCCUACCUGACCGCCGAGCCCGUCAUCGAAGAAACCCGCAUCAACGUCGGCGUCAAGGCGGGAUCAACAUCAACCGGAGGUGGUGCCAACAACCAGCAGCAGCAACCGCAGCAACCGCAGCGCGGCGACUUCCUCAUCCUCGCCAGCGACGGCUUCUGGGACCACAUCUCCAACGAAGACGCCGUCGAGUGCGUCGCGCGCUGGAUCGCCGCCAAGAAGGCCAACAACCUGCGCGGCACGCCGCCGAGCCUGCUCAAGGACAAGGCGCCCAAGCGCAACGAGCACUGGUGGCUCGACGAGGGCCGCUACGUCGAGUGGCGCGCCACCCCCGAGUACUUCGUCGUCGAGGACGACAACGCCGCCACCCACCUCGUCCGCAACGCCUUUGGCGGCUCUCGCAGGAACCUGUUUUGCGGCGUCAUGAGCGCCUAUCCGCCCAUCAGCAGGAACGUCAGGGACGACACCACCGUGCAGGUCGUAUUCUUCGGAGACGUUUGA